AUGGAUCGGCAGGGGCAGCACCACCGGCUGGUGACCGGAAUGCGGGAGGCGCCGGCGACGGGGGAAGCGCCGCCGUCCUACAUCGGCGCCGGCGGCGUGGACUUGGUGUCCCGCGACGCGGCGGCGCAGGCCCUGGGCGCGGUGGUCCAGCUGCACUUCGACAAGACCGUGGAGAAGAAGCGCGGCGCGGACGCGCAGAAGCAGGAGCUGUGGCGCCUCUACCUGGCCUUCCUGCUCGUGCUCUCCAUGCUGCUCUCCGGCGUGGCCACCUCGCCCCCCGGCCGGCUCCAGUGCCGCCACCUCUGGGCGCCCGCGGGGCUGCUCUCCCUGGCGCACCUCGCCUUCUACGCCGCCGUCGCGCACCACCUCCGCUGCCUCAACGGCUUUCGCUACCAGCGCCGCUGCCACAAGCUCACGCUCGCCCUGGCCGCCGACCGCCUGCGGAUGCUCAAGUCGGCCGGGGAGGUGGUGGCGGCGGCCGACGUGGAGGUGCCCUACCAGGAGCCGCAUCAGGGGUACCUCGGCAAGUUCAGGCGCAGCUGGGCCGUCCACUUCGCCUUCCUCAUCGCCACUUUUGCAUUCUCCGUCGCCGCCGCAGUCGCCAUCCUCUGCUUCUAGGCUCCUCUAGCUCAUUCUCUCUGUUCGUUCACCCUAGGCAAGAACCUCUGCUUUUAGGCUCUACCAUUCUAGCUCCGCCUCUACCC